AUUUAACUUCGUGCUCCUUGUAUAGUCUUCAUGAACCACACUGUCAUUUUGGCAGGGAUUCGAGCCGUCAUCGGAGAGUCGGUAAUCAUUAGAGUAUAUUCCCUGGAUAUCCUCGUUGGCUCUGAUAUGACGCAGUGAUAUCCAUUACACGGUUUGAUUUCACGAAAACAGGGUCGAGGCACAAUCAGGGGCCCCCUCGAUCGGUACUCGACGGACGUGCGGUGGAAGCGAGUGUUUUCGAACGAUGUAGACAAACCACAAAUAACACAAUUGGCACUUGCUGCAUGGAUGGGAAACUCUUGCUGCCUGAGAUAACCUCCGUCUCUUGUUAUUGCAGCUAUCGGAGAUAAUUCAGCCUUCGUUCUAAGUCGAGUAUAUUUCAAUCCAGUAAUGGCACUGCGCGAUUUGGUCGAGGGAGACUGCGGAGGGCCGAGUUCGGUUGCUCGUCUCGCCUCGCAUUAUGUUCAGGACCAUGGAUUUGUCGAGGAAGGCAUUGGCCGGCCAUUUGUGCCAUCCACUUCUUUCGAGGCGUCUGAUUCUGACCACUUGGUUAAGCAGUUUUUAGAGGAAACAGUCACUCAUCCUCAAACAUUUAGAAUGGACAGUUUACUGCAGGAAAUGCGACAGAUUGAUCACAAUAUUCAUGCGCCUGUUCCUGCCCCUGGUGUGAUUAAGGAAUUAACUGGCCAAGACACAGCGUGGGCUAACCAGUAUCUCGAAUCUGGUCGUCAUUUUGAUGAACAGCAUGCUGAUGCUAUAUGGAAUACACCCGCUGAAGCUAUCAUCCCACACUCUGAAACGUUUGAAUUAGGAUUAGGUCCCAAGUGGGCUGAAGAAUACCUGGAACAUAGCGUGGAUAAUGUAGAGAAGGACGUUAAUCAGAAUGGGUUUGUUGUCAAAUCAACGGAAGCUUUGGAUAAUGAUGACCCAAAUUUUGCUUAUUCAAAGUUCAUGAAAUUCAUGCGACAAGAAGGCGAGAUUCCCAUUGAUCCUGGUCAGACUUCGCUGCCAAAUCUAGAGAAGUUGGAUGAUAAAUGGACAGAAGAAUUUUCUUCCAUGAAUAUUAGUGCUUCCGAACGCUCUGGAGAUGUUCAAGACGAACAUCCAGUUUUGAGCAAGAUCGAUGAAGAGCUAGCAGCUGCAGGGACAUGGGCUGAAGAAUUUUCCACAGAGAACUCUGAAACUCAAGAUGCAGAUGAUUACAAAUCGAAUUUUUGGACAAGAUUGCAAGAUGAGUGGGAGAAAAUAUCAGCCUCUGAUGAAGUAAGCACUUCACACCCUUGGUUAUCGGAAUACGAAAAGUACUACGAUCCUUUCCAGGAAUACACCUUCACUGAAGAAAAUGUAAUGAAGGACAUACCAAAUGCGUUGGAAGAGGGUAAGAAAAGGCUUGAGGCCGGUGAUUUGCCCAGUGCGGUGCUUUGUUUCGAAGCUGCGGUUCAACAGGAAAAAGAUAAUUCAGAUGCGUGGCUUUUGCUGGGAAAAACACAAGCCGAGAAUGAGCAGGAUCCAUUAGCCAUAUCCGCGUUGAAACACUGUUUAUCUUUAGACCCAACAAACUCUGUUGCCAUGAUGACGCUUGCUGUUUCAUACACGAAUGAAUCGUACCAAAAUCAAGCCUGCAUUACGUUGAAAGAAUGGCUUAUGAAGAAUGAAAAAUACAAAAAUUUAACCUUUUUAAAUAAAGGCUCCGUGACGAAUCAAAGAUCAAAAGUUUCUACGAUUUUAUCAGAGGACUCACACGAGGAAGUCAAACAGCUCUUCAUUGAAGCUGCUAGAAUGAAUCCCACGAAUGAAAUAGAUGCGGAUGUCCAAUGCGGUCUUGGUGUUUUGUUCAACAUAUCUAAUGAAUUUGACAAAGCCGUGGAUUGUUUCAAAGCCGCGUUACACGUCAAGCCUGACGAUUCCAGAUUAUGGAACAGAUUGGGCGCUACUUUAGCCAAUGGACAAAGAUCUGAGGAAGCCAUUGAAGCUUAUCAUAACGCGUUACGGAUAUCCCCGGGAUUUAUAAGGGCGCGAUACAAUCUUGGCAUAUCGUGCAUCAACUUGUCAGCUUACAAAGAAGCUGGCGAGCAUUUGCUAACAGCUUUGAAUCAGCAAGCGGUGGGUCGAGAUGCUCAAGGUCAAAGGAGCCAUCUAGGUACCAUGUCCGAUUCGAUUUGGUCAACACUUCGAUUGGUUGUGUCACUAAUGCACAAAUAUCACCUAAGUGAUGCAAUAGAGGAAAGGGAUCUGGCAACACUCAACAAAGAAUUUGAGAUGGAUUAGUUGACGAUAUAGUCAAUUUAGGACAGUUGGCAAUAAAAUGUUAUACUCAGCCCGGCAGAUCGCACGGUCAUUCAUCAUUCUUGAUUCUUGAACAAUUUUCAAAGAACUGAUAACCGACAACGGUUAUAUCAAGGGUGGUGAUGGAUGAUCUUGAUAUUGUUUUUACAUUCUCGAUCCUAUGAGGACCGAAAUAUCGAAAAUAACGGGAUAAAUGAAAACAUUUUAACAAGUAACAAAAUAUACAAAAUAUAAAAAAUAUAAAAACGACAAAAAUGAAAAUAAAAAAAAAGAAAAAAAAAUACUAACAGUAAUAAAUAAUGUAUAUAAACAAUUGUAUCUAAACCAAUAACUUGGUAAUAACUAUCUAAGCGUAAUGUAAAAUGCAUGCUAUUACA